AUGGAACCCUAUGAUGAUGCUGUUAUGGAGGAGCAGGUGGAGCAAGAGGAAGAACGCACCGAAGAGAAGAUUAUCAAUGAAGAAUACAAAACAUGGAAGAAGAAUGCACCUUUCCUUUACGACAUGAUCCUCAGCACGGCAUUGGAAUGGCCGACGCUCACGACACAGUGGCUUCCUGACAAGCAGGAGGUUCCGGAUAAGCCGUACUCAACCCACCGUCUGCUGAUCGGUACACACACAUCCAGCGAUGCACAAAAUUAUCUGCAGAUUGCUCAUGUUCAACUUCCCAACCCAUCCGCACCGAAUCCUGAGGACUACGACGAGGACCGUGGGGAAAUCGGUGGAUAUGGGGGUAGCUCCAAGAAGGCACCCAUGGAGAUUAAAUUCAACAUCGUGCAAAAGAUUGAUCACAAGGGCGAAGUCAACAAGGCACGGUAUCAGCCGCAGAAUCCUAAUAUCAUCGCUACUAUGUGCACAGACGGUAGGGUAAUGAUCUGGGAUCGGUCGAAACACCCCAGCCUACCCACAGGCACCGUCAACCCUCAGAUGGAGCUCCUGGGUCAUACAAAAGAAGGCUUUGGGCUAAGCUGGAGUCCACACACUGCUGGCCACUUGGUCACAGGUAGUGAAGAUAAGACCGUCCGACUCUGGGAUUUGACUACUUACACGAAAGGCAACAAGGCAUUGAAGCCUUCUCGCACGUACACUCAUCAUUCUUCGAUUGUCAAUGACGUUCAGUAUCAUCCUCUGCACUCGUCGCUUAUCGGUACUGUCUCCGAUGAUAUCACGCUCCAGAUUCUCGACAUUCGAGAAGCAGACACCACUCGAGCGGCUGCGUCUGCGGAGGGCCAACACCGCGAUGCCAUCAACGCCAUUGCCUUCAACCCCGCUGCUGAAACUGUUUUGGCAACUGGUUCGGCCGAUAAGACGAUAGGACUCUGGGAUCUGCGUAACUUGAAGACCAAAUUACACUCGCUGGAAGGCCACACCGACUCCGUGACUUCUAUUUCUUGGCAUCCAUUUGAAGAGGCUGUACUGGCCAGUGCCAGUUAUGAUCGUAAGAUUGCAUUCUGGGAUCUCAGCAGAGCAGGCGAGGAACAGACCCCUGAAGAUGCCCAGGACGGACCACCAGAACUUCUUUUCCAGCACGGCGGUCACACCAACCGUAUCUCGGAUUUCAGCUGGAACCUCAACGAUCCUUGGGUUCUCUGUUCCGCUGCGGAGGACAAUCUUCUCCAGGUCUGGAAAGUCGCCGAUGCGAUUGUUGGAAAGGAUUUGGAGGAUGUGCCUACGGAGGAAUUGGAGCCUUGA